GAUCGAGGCAGGAAGGACAUGUGAGAUAGUCACAGUUCUACAGCGAACAGCGCAAGAUCUAACCAUUUCAACUCCGUGUCCAUGUGGAAUGAUUGCUCUAGCCUUCCGAGAGACACAUCUUAUUUUUCUCAAAGCGACUGGUGGGGAGAAAGAAGGAAACCCCGAUUCUACUUCUCUAUCUUUGACUGAUAUUGUUACUGCACUUCGUGGAGGUACCAGCAACGGGAGUUUACGUGUAGUAUAGGCUAAUUCCUAUAAAUUCCUUUUUUUUUUAGCUAAUAACCGUCUAUAACGCGUCUAUUCAUAGGCUAGUUAUCUGGCACCAUAUUCGAAAUUACUCCUGUAUACUUCUUACAGAAAUAAGACAGAAAUAAAUUAUUCUGGAAGCGGACCUACUGAUUUGGCCGAGGGGGGAGAAUAUCACUGUAUAUCAUAAUUUCACUUCGAUAUUUUGGAUGCACCGAUGAGAGAUCCAGUUUUCACAGGGACUGCCAUGGCUUAUCACCCUUUCCACGCUCACCGGCCGACCGACUUCUCCAUGUCAGCUUUCCUAGCGGCCGCGCAGCCCUCCUUCUUCCCGACGCUCACUCUGCCUCACCGGGCUCUCACUAAGCCCAUGUCGGACCAUCUCGUCGGAGCCGCGGAGGCAGGGCUCCACCCGGCUCUCAGCCACCACCAUCAGGCGGCUCAUCUCCGCAGCCUGAAGAGCCUGGAGCCCGAGGAAGAGGUGGAGGACGACCCUAAAGUCACACUGGAGGCCAAGGAUCUAUGGGACCAGUUUCACAAAAUAGGAACAGAGAUGGUUAUUACCAAAUCUGGAAGGAGAAUGUUUCCUCCGUUUAAAGUCAGAAUAAAUGGGCUUGAUAAAAAAGCAAAGUAUAUUCUAUUGAUGGAUAUAGUCGCUGCGGACGACUGCCGCUACAAGUUCCACAAUUCUCGCUGGAUGGUUGCGGGAAAGGCGGAUCCGGAGAUGCCCAAAAGAAUGUACAUUCACCCGGAUAGCCCAGCUACGGGAGAGCAGUGGAUGGCCAAGCCUGUUGCUUUUCAUAAACUCAAGCUGACCAACAAUAUCUCGGACAAGCAUGGAUUUGUAAGUACUACGAUUCUUAAUUCCAUGCACAAAUACCAGCCCCGGUUUCAUAUCGUGAGGGCCAACGACAUCCUGAAGCUCCCCUACAGCACGUUCAGGACAUAUGUGUUCCCAGAGACAGACUUCAUCGCUGUCACAGCUUAUCAAAACGACAAGAUAACACAGCUGAAGAUUGAUAAUAACCCUUUUGCCAAAGGAUUCAGAGACACCGGAAAUGGAAGGAGAGAGAAAAGGGAACCGUUCAACUCUAGGAAACAGUUGACACUUCCCUCCCUGCGGAUGUAUGAAGACCAAUGCAAAGCGGACCGAGACGGGGGAGACUCUGAUGCCUCCUCUAGCGAACCAACAACUGGCAGAGAUAGUGUACACUCCCCAAUCGGACCUGGAUCCAGCCCGCUUAGGCUCAGUCGAAUCAGCCGAGAUGAAAAAACCUGUACUGACAGUGAGCAAGAACUUGACCAUCAGGACGAGCAUUGCACCGCGUCGAAUAGCCCUGGACCCGAGCCGCCCUCUCCCUUCAGCCCAAGGUGCGAGGACCGGGUGAAGGAUAAGCCGAGUCUGAACAAGAAAGACAACUAUCCAGACUCAAGGGAGCCGAGCGACUCCAUAUUCAGUAUAAGGAACCUUGAGAAAGGAGACAAAACGGAGAACAGGCACAGGAAAGACACUACAGAUUCGUCAAAAAAGAACACCACUGACAGCGUAGGGAUAAGCGCAAGCAAGGAAAGUUUCUCCCCGCUCAUGGUUCAAACAGAGAGCCCCUCACACUUCAGCGCGAGCCACCUGCAGAGUCUGGCCUUGUCUGGCUUGCACAGUCAGCAGUUUUUUAAUCCUAUGAACGCCGGACAAAUGCUAUUUCACCCUGGACAGUUCGCUAUGGGCCCAGGAGCGUUUUCUGCCAUGAGCAUGGGACAUCUAUUGGCGUCGGUAUCUGGAGCAAGUGGUAUGGAAAACGGCAGCCUCUCUGCCCAGGGCACGGGGGGCACCCCGAACCCUUUCCCCUUCCAUCUGUCGCAGCACAUGCUCGCCUCUCAGGGCAUUCCCAUGCCGACCUUUGGAGGCCUGUUCCCCUACCCCUACACCUACAUGGCUGCUGCUGCAGCCGCGGCCUCCGCCAUGCCCGCCAGCACUACAGCCAGCUCGCUCUCGAGGAAUCCCUUCCUCACCAGCUCCCGCCCUCGGCUCCGGUUCAACCCUUACCAGAUCCCGGUGUCUAUGGCCCAGAGCACAAGUCUACUCACCACCGGCCUGCCAGGCGGCCUAAACCCCAGCUCCGAGUCCUCCAAAUCGGGCAGCAGGGAGACGAGUCCCGUGCCUGAGAUCCACAACCACAAAGCGGGGUCGAGUCAUAGGACCAGCUCUCCCAAAUCGAUGAAGGACUCUAUCAAUGAGCUCCAAAACAUCCAGAGACUCGUGAGCGGCCUGGAGAGCCAGAGAGAGAUGUAUCCCCCCAGAGACUCUCCUAAGUGAUCUCACUAAUGGAAUAAUAUAUUCCACCACAACUUGGCUUGAAAUAUCAGAGAACAUUAUUAAACAUUUUGUACAGCACAUUACGCGAGGAAAUGGCAACACCGGCCUACCCUUUCGCGCGCCUGGACUGAGAAUGGAAGCAGGGAAUGAAGGAGCGAGAACCAGCGUCGUCACUUACUGUUACUGUGUGUGGUACGCUUUCAAUAUUAUAGGAAACCGAAGCAUCGAAAUAAUAUGAAAACCAAAAGUAGGCACUGAAUUUUUAGGCUGCUGGCUAAAACUUGAGCACACAAAGAGGAUACCAUACCGCAAGAAGGAAAACCUACUAAGAACAUUCUUCAUGUAGAGCAUAUUGAUGUUUAAACGACAGUGGCAAGGUCGUGGCAUUGUUUUUAGGGACUGAAUAAUUAACUUUUAUCAAACUAUAAUCAAUGGCAUAAGUUCUGAAUGAACAUUGGUGCUUUUUGCCCGCAGAAUGGAGAAGGUGCAACCUGUAGAACGACAGGAAAACAAGCUACAUCCAAAACGUUUUUAAAACAUAGGCUAUUAUUUCAAAAGGGAUGGAUAAAAUUAAAGUUCCGUCAAAAAUAAUUGAUAGAAGAACGCUUAGGCCUAUAAUUUCUGCCAGAAAAAUUGUUUGAACUAUUUAUGUAAUUAAAAUAAAUUCUGUAAAUAAGCUAUAAAGGAAUCCAAGAAUA